CUGGUUCGUUUACUGUGAUAUGUAACAAGCAAAAUGAUUAAAUUUAUUAAAUUCUAUUUCGUUUUACUACUGUUUUUUGUUCCAAUAAGUAAUGGAGCAGAAUAUACUUAUGAAAUUGAUUGUAACAAUCUGAGAAUGGGACAGUAUAUUUGUCCCCAUCCCGAUUAUGAUUUUAUUGAUCCUAAAACUCAACAACCUAAAGGAUGUACAAAAGAUAAUAAAGCUAAAGUAAUAUGUCAAACAGCUGAUGGACUUAUAUGCAGUGAAACAAAAAACAAUACUUUUAAAAAAGAUAUUCCUUGUAAGUGGACCAAUGGAUAUUCUUUUGAAACGUCACUUUUGCUCUCUAUAUUCUUAGGAAUGUUUGGUGCUGACAGAUUUUAUCUAGGCUAUCCUGCUUUGGGCUUAUUAAAAUUAAGUACAUUAGGUUUUCUUUUCCUGGGACAGUUUUGUGAUGUGAUAUUAAUAGCUACACAAAUUGUUGGGCCAGCUGAUGGUUCACAUUAUGUUAUGCCAUACUACGGAGCAGGAGUAUCGAUAAUAAAAAGUGAUAAUUUUACUUAUAGAGUACCUCAGUAUGAUUGGUAACAGUUAAUUUAUGGACAUAGAUUUUUGUAUACGUUAUUUAUUAUUGUAUUUCUUAAAUAAAUAUGAGUAUUUAUUUAAGAAACU